UUGUCAUUUAUAGUAAAUAUGGAAGCAUCUAAGAUUAGAAAGCCUAAAACUAAAUCACGCGAAAACAAUAUUGAAGAGCCUAGUGGCCAAAUUCCCGAGGUUCCAACACUUGAUGAACUUUUAUUUUCUGUUGAUAAUCCGCAGGACCCUACAGUGUCCUCUGGUUCAAUCGAUGAAAAUAUUUUUGUAGGGCCUGAAGUGCUUUCACAUCAACCCGAAAUGAAUUUAGAACUAAAAGAUUCAGCAGAAAGUUCGACCAUCACGCAGGCCUUGGAAAAUGAUGAAAAGGAAUCUGCUUUGCCUUCAACUUCGAAACAAUUUCAGGCAUUUUUAGUUUUCAAUUUUUGA